AAAGUGCUUCAAAGAUGUUCCAGAGCCUGGAUGCAGUGACUUAUGAGGACGUGCAUGUGAACUUUACUGCAGAAGAGUGGAAUUUGCUGGAUUCUUCCCAGAAGAAUCUCUACAAAGAUGUGAUGUUGGAGACCUACCAGAACCUCACUGCUAUACGUUACAGUUGGGAAGAUCAUCAUAUUGAAGAACAACAUCAAAAUUCUAGAAGGCAUGAAAGGCAUGAAAGAAGUCAUACUGGAGAGAAACCACAUGAAUGUAAUCAAUGUGGUAAAGCCUUUUCAGAUCACAGUAGUCUCCAAAGACAUAAAAGAACACAUACUGGAGAGAAACUUUAUGAAUGUAAUCAGUAUGGUAAAGCCUUUUCAGAUCACAGUAGUCUCCAAAGACAUAAAAGAACACAUACUGCAGAGAAACCUUAUGAAUGUAAUCAAUGUGGUAAAGCCUUUUCAAGUCACAGUCAUCUCCAAUGUCAUAAAAGAACACAUACUGGAGAGAAACCUUAUGAAUGUAAUCAGUGUGGUAAAGCCUUUUCAGAUCACAGUAGUCUCCAAAGACAUACAAGAACACAUACUGGAGAGAAACCUUAUGAAUGUAAUCAAUGUGGUAAAGCCUUUGCAAGUCACAGUCGUCUCCAAUGUCAUAAGAGAACACAUACUGGAGAGAAACCACAUGAAUGUAAUCAGUGUGGUAAAGCCUUUUCAGAUCACAGUAGUCUCCAAAGACAUAAAAGAACACAUACUGGAGAGAAACCUUAUGAAUGUAAUCAGUGUGGUAAAGCCUUUUCACGUCACAGUCAUCUGCAAAGACAUAAAAGAACUCAUACUGGAGAGAAACCAUAUGAUUGUGAUCAAUGUGGUAAAGCGUUCGCAAGUCACAGUCUUCUCCAAUGUCAUAAAAGAACACAUACUGGAGAGAAACCUUAUCAAUGUGAUCAAUGUGGUAAAGCCUUUUCAGAUCACAGUAGUCUCCAAAGACAUAAAAGAACACAUACUGGAGAGAGACCUUAUCAAUGUGAUCAAUGUGGUAAAGCCUUUUCAGAUCACAGCAGUCUCCAAAGACAUAAAAGAACACAUACUGGAGAGAGACCUUUUCAAUGUGAUCAAUGUGGUAAAGACUUUUCAGAUCACAGUAGUCUCCAAAGACAUAAAAGAACACAUACUGCAGAGAAACCUUAUGAAUGUAAUCAAUGUGUUAAAGUCUUUGCAAGGACCAGUCAUCUCCAAAGACAUAAAAGGACACAUACUGGGGAGAAACCUUAUCAAUGUAAUCAAUCAUGA